GUCAAAAAUUCCAACUUCAAAACUUCAAAACAGAGACACUUCCAGUGCCGAAAAUAUCUUUCUUUUAUUCCCAAUACGUUAAUUCGCUUCUACUUGCUCUUUAUUAUCACACAUUGUGGAAUUAACUUAUCCUUGCUGACAGCAAAUUCGAGCGUUGGUUGUAUGGCGAUAACGAAGGAUGACCACCUCAGAUCUGAACACUUCGAACAGGGACGUCAUUACAUAUAUAUUCCCAGAUUUCAAUGCAGUGAAAUAUUUUCAGCGGGAUUUCAUAGCUCAAAAUGAAUUCCACAUCAUUGAGGAAACGAAAGAGUCUGGAGUUGACAUAUAUUUAGUCGAGCAAUGGGUGAAUAAUCGGAAAAUCGGAACCAUUGUAUCCACCUUUACAGGUAAUCCUAAAACCACCGUAUCAGUAAUAAAGUUCACCGUUAUUAAGAAACUAUCGAGAUACUAUCCUACUCGAUUUCAGGAGUACUUAAAUGAAUUGAUCUUAAAUCAUGCUAAAGUGAAAAGAGUAGAGCCGACUACAAACCAUUCUACAGGCGAACAUACCGAGACGUCCAACGUUGGCUCGGGAAGUGAAGUAUUAUUUGUAACAAACUUGACAACUCUUCCAUCAAAUCUUAACCUCAUUCCUAUCCUAAGCGGUGAUCCAAGAACUGUUGGUGACGAUUAUGUGAUUAAUUCGAAUCUAAAGAAGUUACAUUGUAGUGGGAGAUCUCUUUCUCUUAUCACAGAAAAAAUAUCCGUGGCAUGUGAAGAUAAAUUUCGUCAAAUGUACAAGAUAUAUAGUAUGAAUAUCCCAGUCAAGUUUGCAAUCAAAGAAUUAAUAAAUCUAAUACAGACAUGUCUAUUUUACUUUGAUUUACUUGAUGCAAGAUAUUGUGAUGGUUUAUUGUGCAGUAAGACAGAGGAAGCUAUAAUUAAUUGGUGGAACUUCAUUGGGCUUCCACAUUUCAAUAUAAAACCAAGUCCAAAGAAUGGGAUUCUUCCUGCUAGAGCAGUUGCUGCCAUCAUUAGUUUUCUUAUCAGUGUCAAAUUAAGAUUACAACUUAUAGGUGGAUGUGACGUUCCAAAGGAUCCAUUUGAUUUUGAAAAUUUUAUGCUAUCUAUUGGACAAUUUCAAAAGCAGUAUAAACUUGAAAAGAGAAGAAAGUUAGAUUUGGAUACUUUGAGUAAACUUUUUUCAACAACUAAUAGUUCCAUAGGUUCGGAUGCAAACCAUAACGUUGGAAUCUCUACAUCAUCUAUCAACUACCUGACAAAUAGCUUCAAUAAGGACUUGUUAUUCGAAGAUAACUUUGCUGUAGAUCAGCAUCGGAGAAAUUCGAAUCCAAGAUAUGAUACCACAAAUUCACCCUCUCUUUAUACUCCAAAUUCUACUGGUGGUAUGUCUUCCUAUAGGAAGAAUAAGAAUUAUUACAGUAAAGAACUCAAGAAACUUACCAAUGUGGUGAAAAACACAGUCCAAGAUCAUAUAAGUGCUGUUAAUAGAGACGAAGGUAGUUAUUAUAACAACCAAAAUGGAGGUAAGAGUAAUGGUAUCCGAAGAAAUAAACUUUCAAAGCUAUCAGAAUUAAGUCCAAUUGAGGUUGAAACAUUAGAUUUGGAAUUAUUAGUGAAAAACUUCCUCACUGGUAAGAGAUUAAUUAGACUUUGGUAUGGAAAUUUGAACCCAGGAGGUGAUAUUGAAGGUGGCCUGAAGCUACUGAGAAUUAAUUUAUCUCUCAAUGUAUCAUCUGGGAAUAAGGGAUCUUCAAAUAACCACCAUGGUCAUCAUCAUAGUCAUCAUCAUCAUAGUUAUGGUAGUUCGGCUGUCAACGCUAAUAGUGAUCCAUCAGCAUUAAGCAUGAAACAUUACAAGUUUGUCAGUUUGAAGGAUGAAAUUACCGCAACACCAUAUGUAAUUCCAGGAAGUACACGAAAUGAAUAUUCAAGAUAUUCACGAGGAUUCAAUAAAAUGAAACUUGGAUUGCCCGGAAGAAAAUCUCAGCUUUUAAUGGCACAAGCUAGACAACAAUUGGUAGAAGAACGUCAAACCAAUGGUCUAGAAGUUCCUAGUGGUACUGAUGCAAAUUCAACGUCACUCGUUGAUUCAUUACUUCAAAUUACAGCAGAACUGAAACCAGGUCAAGAAGUUGGAGUGGAUAAUGCAAGUUUGAAUUCACAAGCUGAGGCAACUGAUUGUAAUCGUGAUGGAAAUGCCUUGGAGAACCUAUAUAUAGGAUUGAGUAGGAGAAAUUCGUACCCAUCAGUUGCACGUUGUGGUGAAGUGAAUUUGAAUAUAAUUGAAUUUACAAAGAGAAAAGAGAUUUCUCGCUCCAAGUCACCACCAAGAAGAAGAAGUGCAAGUUUCUCGCUAGUUGAAAGCUACGUAAACAAAACAAACGAUAUAUCAAUGGCAACCGUGGAAAAAUUAUCCGCAGAUUACUUGAGGUCCUUAAGGAAACUUAAUUUAUUGAAUCAGGAGAGAAUAUUUAUAUCUAAGGAAGAAUCACCAUCAGUAAUCAGUGAAACUCUUAUAAAGAAACUAUAUGGUCAAUUGAACCUUGAACUUAUAAAAUUAUGCAAUGUUCAUUCCAAAAUGCAAGCCAAAAAGAUUAAAAUUGUGGAUGAGAAUUUAUUCCAAAAUCUUGAUAAUAAAAUUUUUGACUUGACCAGUACCAUUGAUAGGUUGGUAUACGAAACUCGAAUUGUUGUGAAAAGAAUGAAUGAAUUAGAAGAGAAUUCAAACACUUUGGAAUUGAAUUUAAAUCAACAAUGUCUCCUGAAAUUGACUGGAAUGAUCAAUAAAUUAACCCACCUGUCAACGUUUUAUGCAACUUUUAGUGACGAGAAUGAGCGAAAUGACAUUAUAUUACGAUUGACUGGAAAAUUACCAGAGGGCGACAGUGAAAGAGAAAUAAAGUCUCAGCGUCCAUCUAUUUUCAGCGGAUUAUUUCAAUUCAUUUUACUUUGUGUAUACGAGGCAAUGAUAGUUGUGUUCCAAAUGUUCAAGUUCGAUCGUAGUAGAAUGAAUUUGGAUAGAAUUAGGAAUGCAUGGGCAAGAGUUGACCCCAACCGGAAAUAUAUCGAUCAAGCGUAUGCUUUCCUUGGUCGAAAACCUUCUGCAAGUAUUCAAACCGCGGCAGAGACCACCAUUAACUAAUACUAAUUCCAUUUAUCGGUAAGAUUAUUUCUACUUUUCAGAUUCCAUUCUUGUAUAGUAUAUUGACCGGCAAAUCCUAAACAGAAACAAUAGAAUAAACUUUUUUUUUUACAGAUCACUUCCUUCACCUCCACA